AGAGCCCAAAAGAAACUUGCUGAACUCCCCCCAAGCGCUGAGGAAAAUCAGUGACGACCACAGUCCAACAAACAGUCAUUCUCCUUGCCAUUGUUAACUCCGCCCCCUUCCGGCGGACCUCUCGAAGCUCCCAUUGUUAUAUACCACUCAUCUCCACCUUCUCUACAACCUAACCUUUCCUCCAAAAUGCAUUCCGCAAUCUCCCUCUCACUUUCUUCGUCUUCUCCGAUCACCGCCAGAUCCUUCGGCGGAGCCACCUCCAACUCCUCCGCUUCCGACCUCUUCCUUAGAAACACCUCUACUCCUACUCAGCUCCGGUUCUGCGGCCUCAGAAGAGAAGCCUUCACCGGAUGCAAAUCGUCUUCCAAUGCACCUCUGUUGAAACAAUUGCGUCACAAUACGACGAUUUCUGCGUCGUUGAAUGGUAACGGAACUCCAUCUAAAGGUUUUGAUUAUGAUCUCGUUAUUAUUGGAGCUGGUGUUGGUGGUCACGGUGCUGCUCUUCAUGCUGUUGAAAAGGGUCUGAAAACCGCCAUCAUUGAAGGUGAUGUGGUUGGUGGAACGUGUGUUAAUCGCGGUUGUGUUCCUUCCAAAGCGCUUCUUGCUGUUAGUGGCCGCAUGCGGGAGCUUCAGAAUGAACACCAUAUGAAGUCUUUUGGUUUACAGGUUGCAGCUGCUGGGUAUGACAGACAAGGGGUAGCCGAUCAUGCGGAAAAUCUCGCCACCAAAAUUCGAAAUAACUUAACCAAUUCUAUGAAAUCUCUUGGUGUUGACAUCUUGACUGGUGUUGGCACUGUUGUGGGUCCACAAAAGGUUAAAUAUGGAAAGGUUGGGGGCACUGAGACAGUCAUUACAGCAAAAGACAUAAUUAUAGCUACUGGAUCAGUACCAUUUGUUCCCAAGGGAGUUGAAGUUGAUGGUAAGACCGUCAUAACCAGUGAUCAUGCACUAAAACUAGAGACAGUACCAGAGUGGAUAGUUAUUGUUGGAAGUGGUUACAUUGGUCUCGAGUUCAGUGAUGUUUAUACAGCACUUGGAAGUGAGGUGACAUUUGUAGAAGCUUUAGAUCAGUUAAUGCCUGGAUUCGAUCCUGAAAUUGGAAAAUUGGCUCAAAGAGUUCUCAUAAAUCCUCGAAAGAUUGACUAUCAUACUGGUGUAUUCGCAACCAAGAUCACUCCAGCAAAGGAGGGCAAACCUGUAAUAAUCGAGCUUAUUGAUGCAAAGACAAAGGAACCAAAAGAUACAUUGGAGGUAGAUGCUGCUCUCAUUGCAACUGGAAGGGCCCCAUUUACACAAGGGCUCGGUUUAGAGAAUGUCAAUGUAGAAACACAACGUGGUUUUAUUCCCGUUGAUGAACGCAUGCGAGUUAUUGAUUCAAAGGGCGAAUUGGUCCCUCACUUGUAUUGCAUUGGUGAUGCUAAUGGAAAAAUGAUGCUUGCCCAUGCAGCAAGUGCUCAGGGCAUUUCAGUUGUUGAGCAAGUUUCCGGAAAAGACCAUGUUCUAAAUCAUUUGAGUAUCCCAGCUGCAUGUUUUACUCAUCCAGAAAUUAGUAUGGUUGGGUUAACUGAGCCCCAAGCAAGAGAAAAAGCCGAGAAAGAAGGAUUUGAAAUCGGUAUUGCCAAGACUAGCUUUAAGGCUAACACUAAAGCCCUCGCUGAAAAUGAAGGAGAGGGGAUUGCUAAGUUGAUAUAUAGACCAGAUAAUGGAGAGAUCCUCGGUGUUCAUAUAUUUGGCAUGCAUGCUGCAGACCUUAUCCACGAAGCAUCAAAUGCUAUUGCUUUAGGAACACGUAUACAGGACAUCAAGUAUGUUGUUCAUGCCCAUCCAACCCUGUCUGAAGUGAUCGAUGAACUAUUCAAAUCAGCCAAGGUUAAAAAUGAUGUUUCUAGUGCUGUUGCUGAACCAGUUGCAGUCUAAGCUCAUUGAUCUUGUAGACCAUUCCCUAUACGGAAAGCAUAACGCGCAGACUCAUAUUAUGCUGGAGCACAGGAUUAGUUACCUAUCAAGUGAUUGAAUUUCCAAUUUUUUGUUAUCUGAAAAUGCUAAUUUGUGUUAUAUAGAGAACAUGGAAUUUUGGAUUAAGAGAGGUUAAAGAACGAUAAUCAAAUAAACUGAUUUAGCUAGGGAGAAAGUUGUCAUUGUACAUUCAUCUCACUUUCUCGUUUCAAAUUUGAUUA